UUCGGUCUGGUGGGUGAGCGCGGCGCCCCGAGGCCCGGCAUCGUGCCGCGACAUGCAGCAGCUCCUCUGGACUCGCCAACACUGUCAGCCGCUGAUGACGGAGUUUAUCCUGCAGUCACACCCAGCCUGCUGCUCUCUGCGAAGAAAUCCACGAUCUGCUGCUGCGCUUCACGUCACAACGCAAACAGAACCGACCGGGCCGGGCCGGGGCGGGCCGGGCCGGGCCGGACCGGGCCCGGUGUCUGUAGAACCAGAAAGGUUCCUGUCGACCAUGAACAGCAGUAGUUUGGUUUAUUUAGCCUGAAAACAUGGUUCAUAUUUACACCAUGUUACAAAGUUUAACCAGAUAUUUAAGUGUGAUCGCUCCUUCAGACUCAAACACAACAAACCCCGCCCCCUUCCGCCCCUGAGACUCGAGGGAACGAGCGAGUGUUGAUUAACGAAAAAGAACGGCCGUCAUGGAGAACCCCACAGAGGAGCAGCAGGAGGAGGGCGGAGCCAGCAGCGAGGCCACCAUGGAGGAGGCGGAGCAACAGGACCAGGCCGCACACACCAACCUGAAAGCGAUCAACGGAGCGCCUGACGGAGCGAAGGAGGCGGCGAGCGAAGGAGAGUCGCUCCAGAACGGAGAGCGAGGAGGAGAUCUGUCCUCCAUCAACGCCAUGAUGUCAACUGUGAUGUCAGCAGCCGGGACCAUCAAUGGAGGAGGAGGCGAUGAAGGAGGCAGCGGCGGCACCUCGGCCAACUCCUCAGCUGGACCGUCUCCCAGCCCGUCGCCCAGCAAGUCCCUGACGGCCGCCAUGCGGGCGCCGCCCGGCCGCAACGCCCGCCGCAACCAGGUAGGCCCGCCCACUGGCCCCGCCCACAGGCCCCGCCCUCUCCCAUCAUGCAGCGGGGCAUUCCUGCUGCUGUCAGGGCUUCCUGUGGCUUCAACAGGAAAAGGGAAGUUCUGGCUGAGUGUCUGUGAGUGUGUGUGUGUGUGUGUGUGUGUGUGUGUGUGUGUGUGUGUCUUCACAAUCUGCUGGCUCCGCCCACUUCCUGUGGACUCAGUGGACUCCGCCCACUCCCAGUUGAACCAGAAUGUUUUUCCAGAGUUCCUCCUGAAGCUCCUUCCUGAUGAAGGUGAUGACCUUUGA